GCUGCAUAUUAGAACAUCAAAAUUCUACGUAAGUCCAUAUAAGUACAGUACUUAAUUACAUUCCACUACUGGAUACUUGUCAAUUUGUGAAAACCCUGAACUAUUGUACUGCAUAUCCCACGCUUACAAGUACAAGUUCAUGUGAGUUUAUCAUUUACAAACUACACUAUGUAUCUUUUAUUUUAUUUGUGGAUUAUUCGUAUUCCUGUUUUGGAUUUCAUUUGACAUGUAACUAAUCCACUCUCAGUGAUGCAGUCUAUUGAUCCAGAAAUUACAUCCGGCUACUUUCUGUCCCAGUCUGCUCGCCUCUGACAUCACUGAUGCAGUGCCGAGUGAAAGCCAGCACCCACAGCACUUACUGCAGACGCUGCGCUGUCCUGCCAUGCUGUCAGCUCCCAGUCUGAGGCAGAUCUGUGUACCGUAGCAGCACCCCAUGUUGCCUCCAGAAUGGGGGAAGCUGAAUUACGGAUGUUUGACACUCUGGCGAUCAGCGCUGCCAGACCCUCUAAGCACCUUUCUCUCUCCCCGUCUUUCCAGCGCUGCGCUUUUGCCGCCUGGAUCAAGGAGAGAAUCCACAAGAGGGAAUGUUGCUUCUUUUCAAAAGGUGACAGAGAGGAUGUAUGUGAGUGUGGCUACUCAAAGAGCAAUCAUGUGGAUGAAGCCAUCAAGCCAGAGGACUUCACAGGCGAGUCAUGGGACAAACACAGACAUGUCCGGGAAGUAUGCACUGAUGCUUUCGGAGAAAUCUGCUUUGGUGGUUUGGGACAGAAGAUGGGCAAGUAUGUGCGAGUGUCCACAGACACCAGCCCUGAAAUCCUGUACCAGUUAUUGACUGAACAGUGGAACCUUUCCCCUCCCAACCUCCUGAUCUCAGUGACGGGAGGAGCCAAGAACUUCCAUCUGAAGGCUCGUCUAAAGAACAUGUUCCACAGAGGUCUUAUCAAAGUGGCCCAGACAACAGGUGCAUGGAUCAUCACCGGUGGUACGCACACAGGUGUGAUGAAGCAUGUAGGGCAGGCUGUGAGAGACUAUGCCCUGAGCAGCUCCCUGCAGGGCCAGAUCGUGGCUAUCGGAGUACCAACGUGGGGAGUAAUUCACAACAGGGAUGCUUUGGUGAAUUCAGAGGGUUGUUUUCCAGCUCAUUAUUUGAUGGACAUCAAGGGCCAGGGCCGACUCUCCUGCCUUGAUAACAACCACACCCACUUCCUGCUGGUGGACGAUGGGACGCAGGGACGAUACGGUGUGGAGAUUGAACUGCGUAGCCGUCUGGAGAAGUACAUCUCUGGAAAGUCUCUUGGAACAAAAGAGAGUGGCAUAACCAUCCCUGUGGUCUGUUUGGUUUUGGAUGGAGGACCAGGCACUCUAAAUACCAUCUAUAAUGCCAUGCAGAAUAAUACACCAUGUGUGAUCUUGGAGGGCUCUGGGAGAAUAGCAGAUGUGAUAGCCCAGGUGGCAGGACUGUCAGUGACCCAGGUCACUAUCGCCCUCAUCCACCAAUUAAUGAAAAAGUUCUUUGGCCAAGAGUCUGAAAACUUCCGCAACCUCAUAGAAUGGACCAAGAAGAUUCAGGACAUCAUCAGGAUGUCUAACCUUCUGACAGUAUUCAGAGUCAGCGAGGACAAUCAUGGGGAUCUGGAUGUGGCUAUUCUUCAAGCACUACUCAAAGCUUCGAGGACCAGCGAGUCACUGGGAAUGGAGUACUGGAAGAGGCAGCUUGAGCUGGCUAUAGCCUGGAACCGAGUGGACAUAGCUGAGACUGAGAUCUUUCCUGAUGAGAGCCAGUGGAAGUCCAGUGACCUCCAUUGGGCCAUGUUCUCGGCCCUGGUUGGCAACAAGCCUCGGUUUGUGAGUCUGCUGCUGGAGAACGGUGUGAGUCUCAGGGACUUCCUGCAGGACAUGGAAACUCUGUGUGAUCUCUACAGACAGCUGCCCGGCUGCUUCUUUCUCCGCAAGCUGGCCAAGCGGGUCCACAGAUCUCGCCACAGCAGGGGGCAAGUGUUUGGAAACAGGCCUCGGUGUCCCUCAGGGCACGGCGAACUGAUCAACAUGACUCAUGUGUCUGAUGAGGUGCGCCACCUGCUGGGCAGUUUCACCGAGGCCCUCUACCCCCCCUCUCCCACGGCAAAUCACUUCAACAUGACUAUGGUGGAUACAUCUCUAUCACUGUCUAAGAGUCAGGCGGGUUCCCCAGCUCCACUCAUUGAGGACAGUACUGAAGCACAGAGGGACUCAGGGACAGACCUUUUCCUUUGGGCUGUUGUCCAGAACAAUAAGGAGCUGGCUGAAAUUGCCUGGGAGCAGUGCAGAGACUGCAUGUGUGCUGCCCUGGCCGCCAGUAAGAUCCUGAAGAAAAUGGCAGAGGAAGGAAGUGAUGCAGAUGAGGCAAAGGACAUGCAAGCGCUUGCCAAUCACUAUGAGAAACACGCCAUUGGUGUGUUCAGUGAAUGCCACAGAAGUGACGAAGAGCGGGCUCAGAAGUUGUUGGUUCGUGCGUCACCAUUCUGGGGAAAGACGACGUGUCUAAGGCUGGCACUGGAGGCUGAUGAUAAAAGCUUUAUAGCUCAGUCAGGAGUUCAGUCUCUUCUGACACAGAUCUGGUGUGGUGAGCUUUCAGUUGUCAACCCUGUGUGGAGAGUGCUGAUCUCCAUUGUCUUCUUCCCACUUAUCUUCACUGGCUUUUUGGUUUUCAGACGUGAUGAAGUCAUCCACAGAGAAAUUGAGAAGGAUGAGGAGAUCAAGACAGUGGAGAAAGUGACAGGAAGUACACUUCGAACAAAUUCUCACGGCCCCCCGCAGCACCUGAAGCCUCUGAGCAAGUGGUCCAGACUGGUCUGCCUGUACAGCUCUCCGCAGGUCAAGUUUUACUUGAACAUUGUGUCUUACUUCGCCUUCCUCUUCCUGUUUGCUGUGGUGCUGAUGAUCGACUUCCAGGCCACGCCCUCUGCCGGGGAGUUGCUGCUUUACAUCUGGCUGCUCUCUCUGGUGUGUGAGGAGGUCAGACAGCUGUUUCAUGAUCCUGAUGGCUUUGGGUUUUGUAAGAAAGCCAGGAUGUACAUUAAUGACCUGUGGAAUAUUUUAGAUGUUCUUUCCAUCCUCCUCUUAUUAUUGGCCUUGCAUUUAGGUAAGUUUCCUUCCUUCCAGACAAUCCCUUUAGGCCAUGGAAGGGCUCUCUGCCCUAAGGGUUAUCUAUGAAUCACCAAGUUUUUCUAUUUCAGGCUGACGACUGAGCUGUUCUAUGCAGGUAAAAUCAUCCUCUGCAUCGACUUUGUGGUCUUCUGCCUCCGUCUCAUGGCCAUCUUCACGAUCAGCAGAACCCUGGGACCCAAAAUCAUCAUAGUGAAGAGGAUGAUGAUGGAUAUGUUCUUCUUCAUGUUCCUGCUGAGUAUCUGGGUUGUGGCGUACGGCGUGGCCAAACAAGGCAUCCUCAUCAACAAUGAAAAUCGGCUGAACUGGAUUCUCCGGGGGGCAGUUUAUGAGCCGUACCUCAUCAUAUUUGGAAAUUUCCCCACAGAUAUUGAUAAUACUUCGUUUGACAUAAACUCCUGCAGCAUGAAUGGCGACGAUCCCCUGAAGCCCAAGUGUCCUGUGCUGAAUGAAAACCAAACCCCAGCCUUCCCCGUGUGGCUCACCAUCAUUAUGAUUUGUGUUUACCUGCUCUUUGCCAACAUACUGCUGCUCAACCUGCUCAUAGCUAUCUUCAACUUUACCUUCCAGGAAGUUCAGGACAACACAGACAGAAUAUGGAAGUUUCAAAGAUACGAGCUAAUUAAGGAGUACCACAGCCGCCCUGCUGCCCCUCCUCCUUUAAUAAUCUUCAGCCAUCUUUACCUCUUCAUCAGGAACAUAGUUCUGUGCAGACCUCCCAUCAUAUGCAAAGAGUUUAAGAACAAGCUUCUUCGGGCAGAGGAAGAGGAGCUGUUGUCCUGGGAGGCCCUGAUGAAGGACAAAUACCUGCUGUCCACACAGCAGGUGCAGAGCCAGAGCAUGGAGCAACGCAUCCUGGACACAGCCCAAAAGGUUGCUGCUAUAGCUGAUCGGCUGGAGAGGGAGGAGGAGAGAAGCUCUGUUGACACGGUGAAAGGACUGGCUCGACUAGAGGAGCAGGUCAUCCAGUCAGCCAAAGCCCUUCAGUGGAUUAUAGACAGUCUGAAAUCUCAGGGUUUCGCAGCAAAAGAAGCACAAUUGCCGACUCUAAUUACAACAGACGAGUCCCUCGACACUUUGAGAAAUACUUUAGAGAAAGAGGAUGGGUUCCAUGUGAACGCCCGUCAAUUUCACUACCCAAACAGCAAGCUCACACGCUUUCCUGUGCCUGAGGAGAAGGUGCCAUGGGAGGUCCGCUUCAGCUCAUACAUGCCGACAUAUUACGUCUCUGAAGAAGGUGGAGACCAUAUGGAUGGAUCAGAAUCAGAAACCUUACAUAAUCACAGAAACCCAGGAGGGAGGACGGGCAUCACGGGACGUGGUGCACUGAGCCACUUUGGUCCAAAUCUGAAUGUUGACCUUGUGCUUACACGCUGGCGAGACAGCGCGAGAUCUGUUUUGGAGUACCUGGCGGUUUUGGACGAGAGCCAAGGAAAUUUGGCUUUACCUGGCGGACCUGCCCAUUCUGCUGAUUAUUUGCCGUUGACUCUUCAGAGAAUCCUGGGGAAGAAACUGUUUGAAAAAAUAAAUGCAAAAGUACCAGAGGGAACAAAGGUGUUUGAGGGUUAUGUAGAUGACUGCAGGAACACAGAUAAUGCCUGGGUGGAAACCACUGUCCUAAACAUUCACCUGGACAGAACGAGCAAGGAGAUGGUAGAAAUCAACAGUAUGGUGGUGAGCAGCCAUGGUGCUCUACAGUGGCAGGAGGUGAGCGGCAAAACCAGACUUGGCUCAAACCAAAGAGACACUCUGCGGCAGGUUGCUGAGCUGCACAACAGCAAGUUCUGAUGUCCACGCUGCUAUAGCUGUAAAUGUGCCUCGAUCCACAGAUUUUCUUCUGACUGUUUGUGUGGCCUUUUUUGUUAAGGGUCACGUAGAUUCAUUUUGCUGCAGUGAAAGCAAUUGUGAAAAAAGACACUAUAAAGCCAUAA